AUGCAUUCACCACCUAGAGGGCGCAUGCGCGUCCAAAUGCCAUGUAACAUUACCCGCGAACCAGCAAAUGCGCAAGCAUGCAACAUAAUGCAUAUCUCGAUAUUGAUCCGAUACCUCUUUAGCCUAACAUUUUUUUUUCACUGCUUCUCUCCUUUCCCUUCUCAGUUGGUCCAUAUAUUUUCGUUUUUAUUAUUUAAACUUGCUGACACUAUUUCUUUUUUUUCCUUUUGGAUUUUCUUCACUUUCAUUCUUGACUCCUUGAUUCACGUUUCUUCUUCUUCUUCUUCUUCUUCUUUCUCCUCCUCCUCCUCCUCCUCAUAUUCUUCUUCCACCUCCUCCUCUUCUUAUUCUACGUUUUCCCUUUCCUCCCUCUCCUCUUCUUCUUCUUCUUCCUCCUCCUCCUCCUCUUCUUCUUCCUCAUAUUCUUCUUCCACCUCCUCCUCUUCUUAUUCUUCUUUUUCCCUUUCUUCUUCUUCUUCUUCUUCUUCUUGCUCUUCUACUUCUUCCUCCUUUUCUUCUUCUUCUUCACUUCAUCAUCAUCAUCAUCAUCAUCAUCUUCUUCUUCUUCUUCCUCCACUUCUUAUUCUUCCUCUUUCUCUUCUACUCCCUCCUAUUCUUUAUCCUCCUCGUCUUCUUCCUCCUCUUUUUCUUCUUCUUUUUUUCUCUUCUACUUCUUCCUCCACCUUCUCUUCUUACACCUCUAAUUCUUCAUCUUUUUUCUUCAUCUUCGUCUUAUUCCGCCUCUUCUUCUUCUUUUUCCUCUUUCUCUUCUACUUCUUCCUCCACCUUCUUCUCCUCCUCCUUAUUCGUCUUUCACUUCUACUUCCUCCUCCUAUUCUUCUCCAUCUUCCUCCUCCUUUACUCUUCCCUCUAUUUUUUCUCCCCCUACAUGACCUCUGUCCCUCUCUCUCCCCCCGACUCUCAUUUCAUACUCCUCCGUCUUCUUCUAUCGCUUCCGGCGUUUUUUGUUACCCCCACCAUCUCCGAUUCAUACUCUUUUAA